AUGGUGGAUGAUCGACAGUGGUGCGACGACGCACAUGACGCCGCACCGAGAAGACUUUGUAGCUACAAGGACAUGGUGACAAGCAUUGAGGUGACCAUCGCGGAUGGCAAGAAGAUCCGUGUUGGAGGAACUAAGUCGGUGUGCUCAAAGGACAAUGAAGGCAAGCGCAUUCGGAUGUUGAGCGUCCUCCACAUCUUGGACUUGAUCGACGACUGCUGUCAGUUGGUAAGCUUGCAAAACGCGGACUCGACGUUGAGUUUGAGCGCACAUCGUGUCACCCCGGGUUGGAAGUUUGGCAAGUCCUACACGCUGGGACGUUGA